AUGGAUCACACCAGUUUACCACCACUUGACCACAAGCAACCACACCACGAGCUUCAACCACCCCCACAAUCGAAUUCGACCUGGCUCAAUCGAAAGACGCUAUCGAUCCUCGUCGCCUUCAUUCUAUACAUAUCCAUCUACCGCCCCAAAUUCCCAUCAUCCCAUGACGUCCAAAACAACCUCGAGAACAGCAACCUUCCUCUCGAAUUCUUCGACCUGAGCUCACUGUCUGGGUUUUUCAUCCAGGACGAAUAUCACCGGGACCCUCGGGGAUUUCGUAUCUACCAUCCCAAGUCCUCGUUUGGUCUGAUCGAUCAUCGGUCGCCGGAUCGAUGGAUUCGGUUCAAGCAACAAAUUGAACUCCUCAGUAAGAACAGCCCGAGGCAUGUCAAGCAUAAAGUGAUCUUUAUCGCCAGACAUGGCCAAGGAUUUCACAACCUGGCAGAGUCCAAGUAUGGAACCCCUAUGUGGGAUUGUUAUUGGUCUGAGAAGACGACGGAUGGCAAACUUGUUUGGGGACCAGACGCCAGGUUGAGUAGUCUUGGGAAGGCUGAAGCUCGGGUUGCUGAACAGGCUUGGACAAGAGAACUAGCCAACCACGUGCCCCUUCCCGAAAUCUUUAUCUCCUCGCCAUUAAGUCGGGCUAUCGAAACCAUGCUCAUCACCGGGGUGUGGAAACACGCCACAAACCACUCGGACCAUACUAACCAGCCGCAUCCACAGAUCGUUGUUACAGAAAAUUUGAGAGAGAAUAUUGGUUUGCAUACUUGUGAUCGGCGAAGAUCGAAACAAAGCAUCUCUAUCGAUUUCCCAGUCGUCGAAUUUGAGAACGGAUUUAAUGAUCAAGACUUGCUGUGGACUAAAGACUUCCAGGAAACCGAUAAGCAAUUAGACAUUCGAAUCAAAGCAGCCCUAACAAGGAUUUUCCUAGACUCGAAGACUUCGAACCUCACCUAUAUUUCAAUUACAGCUCACUCCGGAGUAAUUUCGUCGUUAUUGAGAGUUCUCGGUCAUCGACCAUGGCCGACUGAGACGGGUGGGAUGAUUCCCUUGGUCGUUCGUGCGACGCCCAAGAAAACACCCACUCGGCCUCCUAACCCUGGGCCUAGUGCUACCAAGCCCGCUUGUCCGGUGUCUUUUUGA